UAUGGACACAUCCAAGAUGAAGUGACAAGCCCACUUUCAAGCUGUCAAAUAUCUUGAAUACCUCGAUAUUGAUAAGUUAUGACUGAAAAUGCGUUUCUUUAACAUGGUUACUCAGUUGAUACAAUCAAAUAUUGAAAUCAUACUGUAGAUUUAUACAAAAGUUCCAAUGCGACAAUUAUAUUCUGCCAUGUUGCAAUGAAUUUGAAAGCAAAAUGUCUUGGUUUAAAAGAGGAAGAAAUGAUUCAAAACUUUCCAGCAAGUCUGGUAGCAGUGAUAGCUUGCUUGAUGGUCGACCAAGAUCAGAAACAGACCCACAGACCUGCUUGGAAGUUUUCAAAAACCACUGGAGUCAAGCUGUUGGAAUUAUAAACAAAGGUCAGAUACAAGAUAAAGGUCAACAGGCAAUUGACGAGGUUGAUACUGUCUUUCAAAACUUUGAGCAGAUGUUGACACUACUUGAAAAUGAAGAAGGUCUGGAUGACAAUGGUCAAGGAAUGCCAGGACCUAUACUUCAUUACUUAUUAGAGCAUGAGAUAUUUGAGAAAAUAUCUGUGUGGUGCCAAAAUCAAACAGAACAAACUGACAAAAUUAUAUUGGAACAGUUACGACUUUAUGAACAAUUGAUUAGUCAGUCCCAUCAAAUUUUAUUAAUUCAUAAAGCUGUAAUUCAACCUUUAUUAAGACUUUUGUCUUUUUGUGAAGAGACACAAAACUCCUCUGAAAUUGAAGUUAGACUUGUUCUCGUUUUGCAUCAAAUUUGUGUCUGCAUAUCACAACAAACUUUAAUUUUAGAAAGCUUCUUCAACAUAAAUGCUAACCAUGGACCAGCACGUUUUCUAAUUUUUUCAUUGUUGAUACCAUUUAUUCAUCGAGAAAGGCGGAUUGGACAGCAGGCUAGAGAUGCUUUAUUAUUGAUUAUGUCCCUUUCAUCAAAACAUCCUCAUAUUGGGCAGUACAUAGCAGAACACUCAGACUUUUGUCCGGUAUUAGCUACUGGUUUAAGUGGAUUGUAUUCUUCAUUGCCAAGAAAGCUACCAAACACAUCAGAGGACUGGUCAUGUAUCACACAGAAAGACAUUACAGCUACACCAGAAUUACAGAUGUUCCUUAACUCAUUAGAAUUUUGUAAUGCAGUUGUACAGAUCUCUGACCCUCAAGUUAGAUGUCAGUUGAUACAAUAUAUAUAUGAUGGAUUCCUGGUACCUGUGUUAGGACCUGCAUUACAUCAGGAUGUAUCAGGACUUCCACUACCUCUGCUAGAUUCACCAAUGUUUUUGAAUUCUAGAGAGGAAGUUAUAGCCGCUACAGCCUAUUUAGAAUUGUUCCUCAGGAAGAUCACAGAGCCUGCCUUAAUUAGAGCUUUUAUAAGGUUUAUACUGACAGAACAGAAUGAUGAGAUUAUUAUCUUAGACUCACUCACAACCAGGAUUAAUAGUAGUUCUAGAUUACUAUGCUCAGCCUCCUUGUCAUUAUUCAAAACCUUGGUAGAUUUAAAUUGUGAAGAUGUCAUGUUUGAAAUUAUAUUCAAACAUCUGAUUCCAUGUUCACAUGUAAUGGUCAGUCAGAGACGAGCAGUCAAAGAUUUAGAUUUGUACAGUAAAAGUUCUGAAAGAUUCCUGUCCCUCCGUCCAAGUUGUUUGGUGACUGGUUCCCAAGAUAUUCCUAAGAUACCAGAUAUUGAAACAGACAGAUCAAACAACCUAAAAAUAACUGUAAAUAGACCAAAAAGAGGUCUUGGCAGUUUUCUCCUUGCUCGGAAACAAGAACUGGAGCAUCAAAAAGUCAGGUCCAGAUCAAAUAGCUUUGAAAACAGCAAAUCUAAUUUUACAACAAAUUCAUUUGGAGGCAAACUAGAGCAGUACGAGUCUAACUACAUAGAUUACUUAACUGAGGCAAAAUUGUUAUUAGAAAACUGUUCAAAGGCAUGCACAGUUUGGACUUACCCUUACAAUGGAGAUAUCCCUCCGCAUGAAGUCUUCCAAGAAAUCAUGAGUCCGGAGUGUAGUAAAAAAUGGUUUACAGAUUCAGAUGUUAGCACUGUAAUUAGUGGACAAACAGCAAACCUCAAAAGUUGUGAUACUUCAGUUAGUGAUAUUAAUAGUGUACAUACAGAAAAUAGUCCGAUAAGUUUAGGCAAUGAAGAUUCUAAGGCUUCAACAAACCUUUCUGGUGCUGAUGAUGUUUUUGCAAGUGAUAGUUUGCUAACAUAUUCUACAAUUCCUGAGGUUUCGGAUGUAUUACGGAAUCUGGAUUGGACAUUAUUGGAUGACCCCAAUUCACCUGUAGAAGAUGUCAGUGAAUUUAUUGAUUAUUUGAAGGAGGUUGGCACACCUCCUGAGGAAGACCCUUCAAUACAAACUAGUAUUCAGUCUUUAAGUUCUGUAUUUAGUUCUUUACGUUCUUUAUCAAGUUCACGGACAUCCACACCAUGUACAUCCAAAUGUGAUUUUAGCAAACCUGAUGAUAUUAGUGUAUCAAGCAGUCUUUCAUUGGAAAAAUCUAGCGAAACUGUUCUUAAUUCAGAUAAACAAGAAUUAAAAUCAACUAGAGAUCCAAAAGUAAAAUUUGAAAGUGGUGAUGCAACUACUUUUGAAGUAAUUGAUUCUGUGAAUCAGGCAGAGUCAAGUCACAACAAGAGUAAGAUUUCAGAAACAGGAAGCGAGUCAUGGUCCGCAGUAAAUAAAUCAGAAAAUAAAUCAAACCAACAGGAUGAUACCAGUUACAUAGAAAUUACCAUGUCUUCAUUACCAAACGGAAAAUCAUUACCAAAUGACAUGGCAACAUUACAAAAUGGAACAGCAUCUCAGUGUAGCGAUUCAAGCACUGAUGGUUCAACCAAAAGAAGUGUUAGCUUUUCACUACCAACAACUUCUAUGCAAAAUUCUGUUUCCAAAGUGCCUUCUGGUGCAGGGUUAUCCAAUACACCAGGUAUAGGACCAUUCUUGACUGCCUUGUUGACCAAAUUGGAAGGAAUGAUACAGAACCCUUUUGCUGUCAACUUUCUUCUGACUGGCAUUAUAUCUCGCCUGGCUGCAUUUCCCCAGCCAUUACUACGGUCAUUCCUUCUUAGUCACAAUCUUGUAUUUCAACCCACUGUAAAAUCAUUAUUACAGGUUAUAGCAUCUGUAAGGCAAAAGGUAGACCACUGUUCCUAUACCAUACCAAACUUUGAACAACUAUUGUUGAAGGCUAGAAUGACCUUAAUUGUUAGAGAAGAAAAUUGGAGGCUUGGAAUAGAUCCAAAUCAGCUUCAAAACAAUGCUGUAACUGUCAGUGUUCCUCCACCACCAGAACCUGUCGUAAAAGAGAAAAGAAAAUUAAGCCUCACAGAUUUGCUGUUUAGAAGAACACCAAAUUCGCAAAGAAAAACAUCAAAUUACAAAGCAGGUAAAGGGGCACCUCAACUACAAAUUAUUCCAGGAGGGAAAGGAUACCGCUAUGUCAAUCAGAGACAACAAAAUAUCCCUGAUAAUCCAAUGGAUUCUCCCAAAACUCGUCACUCUGUAUACUGUGCUGUGAUUUUAGAUGAAUUUGUUAAAGAAUUGGCAGCUAUUUGUCAAGAACAUGCAGUUCUUAUUUUAGAUGAAGGUUACUAUAGUAACUGAAUUGUUUACAAUUUUUAAACAUCUAUUGUUAAUUUGUUGACAGCUUUAAUUAUAGUUAUAAACCUUUCCUGGUUUGGGGUUUCUCCUGGCUUCUAUAUGAAGGAUAAGUUAUAGGUUUUGUUUUCUUUGGAGCAGUCAAUAUAAUUUUUUGUGUUGUCCCAAAAAAUUAAAAUGGAAUACUUUUUUUAGUAAACAGCCAGUUAUUGUAGUAGCAGAUUAUUAGUUAUAUUUAGUUACACUUUGUAUUGGAAACCUUUUUUUUUACUUUUUUUUUUAUCAAAGUAAACCCUUUUUAGUCAAAUGUAAUUAUUUUGUAGAUAAAAUUAGGUAACAAAUCAUGAAAUGAUCCUUAGGUAAUGGGUCUUAAAACUAAAAUAGAUAUUUAUUAUUAUAGUCGAAGCCUGAUAGCUUGUUCUUUAAGGCUUUGUCCAAAUUAUAUUUAGAAAUGUGUGAUCUUCAAAUUAUUAAUUAAAAAUUAGAUUGAAUAUAUGCCAACUGGUGUAGAAAAUUUGAUAAUUUUUUUGUUUUAACUAUCAACAGUUUAAUUAUACAUUUAAAAGUAAGAUUACAAAAGUUCUGAAUAUUUGAAUUAUAGAUCAAUUUAAAUGUUAAUAAUUUAAAGCUUUACUAGUGUCUGUUUUUGUUUUCAUUGAUUUUAUCUAGUUAUCCAUUCAAAAUGGCAUUCAAGUGUUGUGUUCACCUUAGGUUUUGCAUUUUUUGUUAUGAUAGAAGUGCUUGCCAAAUUUAUAUUUAUCAUAUCAGUUUUCCUUUUAUUUGUCAUUUGAAAACCUGUUAUUAAUUCAUGUACCGAGUCAGUAUGACUGAUAUACAUUUUUGUGGAAUGUUUAUGUGAGUCGUGUGUGUACUUAGGUACUAAAAAACUGUAAGCUCAUAUUUUCUAAAGUAAAUUAAGUCCAAGUCAACUUUUUUUGUUCCCAUUCUUGGCGUCAGUUAUUUUCUUUUGUGAAAUUAAACAGAUCAUUUGAUAAUGAUCAAAUUUAAAUAUUUUUCAGAAACCAUUUUUGUUUGUUAUAUAUUAUUUAUUUAUCAAGUUAAGAAAAUUAUGAAUAUGCUACACUUAUAUAAGGAAAAGUAUAAUAAAUAAAUUAGAUUUUUUUAUCCUGUACAUAUCUAUAUUGUAUGUUUUUUACUCUUUGGAAAACUUAUUAGAUUUUUAGACUAUAAUAAUAUUUUUAAUACUUGAUAAUGAAAUAUAUGAUUCUAUGCAAUAUUAAACACACACUGUAUUCUUUUUUCAUAAUUUAUACCACCAUGAUAUACAAAUUAUAACUAAUUCAUAUAUAAAACUUAUCUAAGAAGUGUAUUGGGCAUCAGUUAUGUAAACUUUUUUCUAUUUACUACUAUGAAUUAUGGGUAAAAUAAACUAAAGAAUUCUUACUUUACAUUUAAAAGGCAGCAUGCUUGAGAAAUUGAAAACAUGUAAAGCUUUUCCAUACUAGUAAAGAAUUCAUGUUGAACUGGUGCUAGGGGAGGUCUUGAAAUUGCAGUGAGGUCAGAGCCUUUGCUCAAUAUUAAAAGCCUCGCUUUGACUUUGAGGUGAAGAACAUCAAUUAAAGCAACGUCUCUUGGCUUGAUGUCAGGGUUUUGUGUCAUGAAUUUAUACAACAUAUCAUUCUGUUCCAUUAAACAUAGCUAUUUGGUAAUAAAUUUACUGCCAUACUUCUCUAAAUGGAAUGGAAUACUUUAGCUGUUGAAAGUAUAAUUUUUAGAAUAAAGGUAAAAUUGUUGUGGUGGGAAAAUCUAUUGAUUUAGUAAACACACUUGCUUGGUAUUCUAAUUUUGGUCAAGAAGGUAGAUUUAUUAAUUUCAAACAUAUAACUGUUUUACAUGAGUACUUGAAACUUAGAUAACAUUUGUGCAGAUUUAAUUACAUAUGUGCAGAUAUUUGGGUUACUGUUAGUGCAGAUUUACUUGUAUUUUAUGAGAGAUGCUUUGGUAUGUUAAAUUCAAACUUAAACUAUAUGAAGUUAAUUUUAUUUUGUACAUCAUUUGUAGAUGUACCUUAAGUUUCAGGUUUGUAACAAUGGGUAUAAGGAUUCACCAGGAAAACAGGCAUUUUUUCAAAUUUGGUCAUUAAAAAUCGAUUUUUUUUAUAUUUCUGUAUGCUUUUAUUACUAUUAUUAAUUAUAAAAUGCAGGAUAAAGUAAAGUAAUUUUCAUUAUAAGUUAUUAAGUCGAGCUUUUUGAUAGUGUUCAAUUGUUAUUAUUUUGAUUUAUUUUUUUAUUUCAAGUUUUAUGCUUUCUUGAAAGAAUACUAUAUCAUGUAUAUAUCAACUGUAGAUGUUUGGAAAGGUUUGAAUUCCACAAAUAUGUAUAAUGAAAAAGGUUAAUUUUGUUUUACAUUAGAUUUAUGAUUUACCUACAUGAACUUGUGAUAUUGUUCCUUAUUGAUCUAUUUUCAGAAAAUCAGUUACCAUAAGAAAAACUUCAUAUUCAAUAGGGAUAUGCAUAAUUUCAGGAGAACCAAAUAAAUUAAUAUAUUUUUUAUGUUAUGACAUGGCAAUUUAGUCAUAAUAUGUGCCUUUUUCAUGAAAGUUAAGAAAAAUGCUAAUUUUGUCCAUUUUUCAUUAAUAUUCCUUUACGGGGAACCAUGCAUAUCCAAAAACCAAAAUGUUUAUUUCAGAGAAGCUUCCAUACAGCUAAUUACACUAUCUUACAAAAUAGAUAGUUGUUUCUUUGGUUUGCACAUUCUUUCCUGAACCAAAAUAUAUUUCAAAGACGAUACAAAUCAGGGAUUUUUAAAAAUAAGCAAUUCAUGAGGUUUGUUAUCAUGGUGGCUCAUCAAAUUUGGUGUUUCUUUUCAAUGUUUACAAACCUGCUACCUUCGUCAUGGUAGGACAAAUUAGAUAUCUUGUGAUGUCAACUUUUAUUUUUCUCUAAAUUUCAGGACAAAUAAGGGCCUUAUUGCCCCUCCUUCUUUGAUAAAUCCCACAAAUAUGUCAAAGUAAAAUCUAGUGAAACACAGGUCAAUUUCUGCACAGACAUGGAUUUUUUUCACACAAAUAUGGAGCAAAUCCACACAAACUUAAGGGCACUUGUCCAAAAACAGAAUGAUUACAGCAUCAAUAAACUUUCGUUGUGAUUAGAAAACAUAAAUGAAAUAUAGAUUGAUCAUAACUUAAAUCAAUAUUAUGAUAAUUAAACUGUUCUCAGUAAUAUGACUUUCCCCUUCAUCUUUUAAAAAUUUACUAAAAAUCCUGUAAUCAAUAAGACAUACAUUUUGACAGUUAUCACAUUCCAGAAAAUAUAUAUAAAUAUAUUAUUGUUUGUUUUCAUAUAAACUAAAAAGAUAGUUUUUGUAAUUUUCUUAAAAUUAGUUGUUUCAUUAGUUAAUGACAGAACAUUAUACAGUAUAUUAUUUUCUGUUUGACAUUAGCAUUUUAUACACUUCACAAGUAUUCCUGAACAAAAUUACUAAAAUAUUUCUAGCAUUUUAUACACUACACAAGUAUUCCUAAACAAAAUUACUAAAAUAUUUCUAAAUGAAUCAUUAGGGAUGGUGAAAGAGGGUCUGCAUACUUUUUGACAUCUUUUCAGUUUUUAGGUCUGCAUACUUUUUGACAACUUUUCAGUUUUUAGGUUUUCUCAGAAAAUAUCAGAAAUUUUCUCUACUGCUCUAUUGCAAGGUAGUUUUCAGUAUUUUACUGGAUAGGAUAGAUAAGAAUGAAUGCUAUAUCUGUAGGAGGUUUCCUAGUUUCUAUUGUCAUUAUUGUUUUUACUUUAUACCAUGAUAUUUUAUAGGAAGCUCAUAUUAUCACCCCUUUCAAGUCCCAGUGUUAUAUAACACAGCUACAUUGUAGAUACUUGAGCAGGAAUAAAACACAGCUACAUUGUAGAUACUUGAGCAGGAAUAAAACACAGCUACAUUGUAGAUACUUGAGCAGUAAUAAAACACAGCUACAUUGUAGAUACUUGAGCAGGAAUAAAACACAGCUACAUUGUAGAUACUUGAGCAGGAAUAAAACACAGCUACAUUAUAGAUACUUGAGCAGGAAUAAAACACAGCUACAUUAUAGAUACUUGAGCAGGAAAAUACUUGAUAUAUUGGAAUUGGAAAAUCAAAACAAUACUUCUCCUUUUUUUGCUUUUUAGAGUCAUUGUUUGGUGCUUUUGGUGUUAUUACUGUUAAUUUUUCAUAUUGCAUUGUUUUUAUCUUCUAAGUGUAAUCAUACAGUAUUAUUGGAAUUGACUUACAUUUAAUGGACAGAUUCUGAGCUGGUGCUGGAUCAUAGAAAUGCCAUUAUCUAAAGAUCUCUGGUCAUGCAUAACGUUAUUUCUGAUGUACAUGUUAUCUGGUUCCUUCCAUUGUAAUCUGGAUUAAUUUGCUUCCUUUUUGUCCAGUUUUAGUUAUCAGCAGCCAUGAAUACCCAGACAGAAUUUAGACAAAUACCUGCACUUUCAUUGCAAUGAAGUUUUAGAGCUGACCUUAUGGAUCAAACAGCUAUGCUGACAAUGCUUUUUGACAGCAUUUUUCUAUGAAAUUAUGUCUGGUUUUCCAUUGUAAUUGGAAGAAUUAGGGAAAUAAGAAUACCAUAAUCAUUUUGUCUGUAAAAACCAAUCUGAUAAAAGACAUUCUAUUUAUAGGGAUGCCUAGAAUGCUUAUAAAUUGUAGUUUACAUGUAAGGAACUUUAAUGUCAAAUUACAUCAAAUCAUAUUGAUUUUGAAAGAUUUUUGUGAAAAAAAAUUGCAUUGAUAUAUUUUAUUCAUUUAGCACUAUGAAAAAUAUUAGAUAUAUGUAAUACCACUAACACACCAAGGUAGCUAUGGUAAUUAAAAAUGUCUCCGCAAACAUAUAAUUUUCUAUCAAUUUUGACUACAGACCAUAUCAUAUGUUGUUCAUGUGAUUUAAAGAUUAAAUGGUAUGGGUUUUAUAUAAUUGUUUUAUUUUAUAGGUAACUAUAUUAUCAUUCCAAUUUGAUUACUGUCUUGUAAUUUGAUUAACAUUAUAAUGUUUAUAAGAUUGUAAUGGAGCAGUUGCAUUUGUUUAUUUCACCCUUGAAAUGCAUACCUAUUUUAAGUUAACAAUCCUGAAUUUGUUUAAAUGAAAAUAAGCAUUAAUGGCAAAAAAAGGGGGGCUAGGCAAUAUGAUAAGAAAUUUAUGAUGGAAGAGGAAUAUGGAAGCUAUAACUUUAUAACAAGGAAUUUUAUACUUCACAAAAUAUCAUUGUAUUUUUCGGAAAGUUUGUUUUUCAGUGCAUAAGAGAGUAUGAAGCUGCACUUGUACUGUACACACUAUACAUUUAUGAAUGUUAUAACAGGAAAACAUUGUCAUUAUUAUCUUGCCAUGUUCUGAACAGUCUGUUGCAAUAUCCAGCUUAUUGUUAGCCUCUAUUAAAAUUUCUGAAAAAGAAAAAA